AACGCAUCGUCCGCAUCCUCUCGCGACCACAGCAAAUGCUCAGCUAACGAAGAGAUUGAUCAGCAGCUAUCAGCAUUCACCUCCUCGAACUCGUCGUUCCAUCGAGCCAGCAGUCCCACGUCACCGCGAUCAGUACAUUUUGCGGGUGAUCCUUUCGACGAUUCCACUACAACCACAUCCCUCAACACUGAAUCCACUCAACUCGAACCUCAGUCCACUUCAUCGGGUUCUGAUGAAAAUGACAAUGCUAAUCGCAAUGAUAACGAUGCUAGCGCUGAUAAUAAUAAUGAUAGCAGCAACCAAUUGAUCGCUAUUGAUAACGCAGAUCAACUCCAAAUAUCGAUAACUGAUCAACUCCAAAUGGUACAAAUCAGUGAUAACGGCAGCACUGAGUGUCCACGCAAGUUAUCGUUGAGCAAGGAGGAACGCUCGGCACUGUCGAAACAACCGUCGAAUGAUGAAAAGGCGAUUAGCAUUGUGGUCACUGAACAUAAUGAAAAGUUU